AUGGCUUUCACACUAAAAUUGGUACCUCUUUUCAAUGUAGCUAUUGUUGUAUUGUUAUCUAAUCCAAUCUUUGUAGUUGCAAGGCAUGGACAAUGGUCCAACGAAAAAAAAAUAAGCUUGCAGAAUAAUGAAGAUCUUGUGAUAAACCUCCCUGGUCAGCCUAAUGUCGACUUCCGACACUAUGCUGGAUAUGUGACCGUAAAUGAGAACAGUGGAAGGGCGCUAUUUUACUGGUUCUAUGAAGCUUGGACUCUCCCAGAGGAGAAGCCCUUGGUGCUGUGGCUUAAUGGAGGUCCUGGGUGUUCUUCAGUGGGAUAUGGAGCUACACAGGAGAUUGGACCAUUCAUUGUGAGCACAGAUGGAAAAGGUCUUCAACUGAAUCCGUACUCAUGGAAUAGAGAAGCUAAUAUGCUGUUCUUGGAAUCUCCUGUUGGAGUUGGAUUUUCAUACUCAAACACAACUAGUGAUUAUGAUAAUCUUGGAGAUGACCUCACUGCUAACGAUGCAUAUGCGUUUCUGCAUAACUGGUUCCUGAAGUUUCCUUCGUAUAAGAAUAAAAUGUUCUAUAUUGCUGGAGAGAGCUAUGCAGGAAAAUAUGUUCCAGAACUGGCAGGUCUUAUUCAGGAUAAAAACAAGGACCCUCUCCUGUUCAUUAAUCUGAAAGGCAUAUUGCUGGGUAACCCUGAAACAAGUGAUGCUGAGGAUUGGAGAGGUUUAAUUGACUAUGCUUGGAGCCAUGCUGUGGUAUCAGAUGAAACUCAUAAAACUGUAAGAGACUCCUGUGACUUCAACAGUAACAAUACCUGGAGCAAUGAAGACUGCAGCCAAGCUGUUGAUGAAGUUCUGAGACAAUAUAAAGAGAUAGACAUAUAUAGCCUCUACACAUCUGUCUGUUUUAGUAAUUCAGCAUUUGCAGAAAAUAAAGCAAUGGAAGUUGUUUUCAAGAAGACCACAUCCAACAUGAUGCCUCGCAUAAUGGGUGGUUAUGAUCCUUGCCUUGAUGACUACGCAAAAAGCUAUUAUAAUAAACCCGAGGUUCAGAAGGCUCUGCAUGUUGCUGAUGGUCGUCAACUCAAGAACUGGAGCAUUUGCAAUAUGGAUGUAUUCAAUGGCUGGAAACAAUCAAAAGUUUCUGUUAUUCCUAUAUACAACAAACUCAUUGAUGCAAAACUUAGAAUAUGGGUAUACAGUGGAGAUACUGAUGGAAGAGUCCCUGUGUUAUCCACAAGAUACAGUUUAAGCUCUCUAGGACUGCCGAUUACUCGGGCAUGGAGGCCCUGGUAUCACCAGAAGCAGGUUGCUGGUUGGCUUCAAGAGUAUGAAGGGCUGACUUUUGCAACAUUUAGAGGAGCUGGACAUGCAGUCCCCAUCUUCAAACCGAGCGAGUCACUUGCGUUCUUCACCUCCUUUCUCCUUGGCGAGUCUCCACCUUCUCAACGAUAACUGAG